UCUUUUUUGUUGGUUCAUACAUCAUCCCUUAGCCUACAUAUUAUGAUUAUAAAUUACUACAAAAAUAUACCUUCGUUUACAACAUUAAUUCCUCUCUACACCAAAAUGAAGAUCUCCAAGAUCACCCUACAACUUUACUUAACAUUCUUCCUUUACACCAUCCUUACUACCUCUUCUCACGCCUCUAAACCCCUAUGCAACGCGAAUGAUAAGGCCGCGCUCUUGGAAUUCAGCCGAUAUUACUUUGGCAAUGCAUCUCACUACUGGGGUUCAGGUGACACCGAUUGUUGCAAGGAUUGGGAAGGUGUCAAGUGUGAUCCAUCCACUCAUCGAGUUAUCGAGCUUUCCCUUUCGAAAGGUGAGCUUUCGGGUCAUAUAUCAUCCGCCAUUGGUAACCUCCCGUACCUUAAAACACUUCACAUAAGAAAACAACCUAACAUUAUAGGCAACAUCCCAAUGGAAAUUACAAAUCUCUUAAACAUUAAAUAUCUCCGGUUAGAUUGGAAUAAUUUAUCCGGUCCAAUUCCCUCGUAUUUGAGCCAACUUAAGAAGCUAAAAUUCUUAGACCUUUCUUUUAACAAGUUUUCGGGUUCUAUCCCAGCAGGGCUUGCCUUACUACCCAACCUAUACGCGCUACACUUGGACCGGAACCAACUCUCCGGUCCAAUCCCGGACAGUUUCAUCUCUUUUGAAAAUAGUAACAUUUCUAUAUAUUUAUCACACAAUAAUUUGUCUGGUCCAAUCCCAUACUCGUUUGGGCAAGCAUUUGUGUUAGAUUUUUCGCGUAACCAACUUACCGGUGAUCUUUCAUUCAUGUUUAAAUCAAACAACAUAUCGCGAAUUCAUUUAGCAAGGAAUUUAUUGGAGUUUAAUAUGAGUAAGUUGGAGUUUGGUUCGGGUUUUACUAGUAUUAAUUUGAACCAUAACAAGAUAUAUGGAAACAUUCCUCCUAAGUUGGCAGAAUUGCCUCAUUUAUCAUUCUUGAACGUGAGUUACAACCAUUUGUGCGGUCGGAUUCCUACCGGAGGGGCGUUUGAUAAGUUUGAUCAGUCCUCUUUUAUUCACAACCAUUGUCUUUGUGGUGCUCCCUUGGCUCCUUGCAAGUAAUUCUAGUGUAUUUUAAUGGUGCUACCGCGAAUAUAUUGUAAGGUGUAGCAUAACUUUAUAAUGGUUUAAUUGUUGAAGCUUGAUAGCCUAUCAAACAAACCUAGAAAGCUUUUCUUAAUAAUAUGUAUUUUUCAAUUUGUAUCAUCAUACGGAAUGGAUUGAUAAAUGGUUUGAUUUGGUUUGUGUUUCUCCUA